GUUUCCCAUCAUGGCCUAAACGUCAUACUUAAAAAAAUACUACAAGAGGCGCCACAGCAACCUUUACAUAAAGUGAACCUACAGUUUUGUUAGAACUAAAUAAAGACUUCUGAGAGAUGAGUAAUUACAAUGAAAAGUUUAUGAACUUUCAUCAAAUGGAAAUUGAUGAAAGAAUUCUAAAGGCAAUUGCCAGGCUUGGUUGGAAGAGCCCUACUUUGAUCCAGGUAAAAGCUAUUCCUCUAUUGCUAGAAGGCAAAGACGUUCUUGUUCGUGCUCGUACAGGGUCUGGAAAAACAGCAGCGUUUUUAAUUCCUAUUAUUCAUAAAAUUCUGGUUAAUAAGCAGAAUGCGAGUGAACAGAAUACAAGUGUUCUUAUUUUAGCUCCUAGCAAGGAUCUUUGUCACCAGACAAUAAAGGUAAUCGAGAAUCUGACAGUUAAAUGUGGCCGCUUGGUUCAAUUUAUUGAUUUAGCAUCUAAAAUGGACAAAACAGUUUUGAAACACAUGUUGACGGAACGCCCUGAUAUUAUUGUUUCUACACCGGCAAAACUGAUAAGUCAACUAAAAGAAGGCAAUUUAAUUAGCAAAGAAAGCUUACAGAGCCUAGUAAUUGAUGAAGCAGAUUUAAUGUUCUCAUUUGGAUUUGAAAAUGAUUUGAGAGAAAUAUUCAAUUAUUUUCCAUAUAUUUAUCAGUCAAUCCUUGCCUCGGCCACUUUAGAUAAGGACGUUCUGAGUUUGAAAAAAAUAACUCUGCAUAAUCCAGUAAUUUUGAAACUUGAAGAAGCAGAACUAGCCCCGAACACACAGCUUUCCCAUUAUCACAUUUUAGCUGAAGAAUCAGACAAAGCUGCAAUACUCUAUACAUUGUUCAAAUUGCAACUAAUUAAAGGAAAAACUUUAAUCUUCGUAAAUUGUAUAGAUCGAUGCUACAGAUUAUUCUACAGGUUAAAACUUUUUUUGGAGCAAUUCAACAUACGGUCAUGCAUUCUGAACUCAGAACUUCCUGUCAGUAUAAGAUGUCACACCGUUAACCAGUUUAACCAGGGUUUAUAUGAUAUCAUAAUUGCAUCCGACGAAUUACACGUUAUAAACCCAAUGGGUGAAUCCAGCGCCCAAAAAAAAGUCAAAACAAAAAAGAUAUUCAAAGAAGUUGAUGGGGAAGCUGGAGUUUCCCGUGGAAUCGACUUUCAGUUUGUAUCCAACGUUAUCAAUUUCGACUUUCCAAGAGAUGUCAAUGUGUAUAUUCAUCGUGCUGGGAGAACCGCUCGGGGAAAUAGUUUGGGAAAUGUACUUUCUUUUGUCGAUAUGAACGAAAGAUCGUACCUUGAUACAGUGCAUGAACAUUUGAAAAAUAGUUUAAAUACAAAAGAAAACGUUAUAAGAAAUUACCUAUUCAAGAUGGAUGAAGUUGAACCAUUUCGAUAUCGAGCAAGAGAUGCUUGGAGGACAGUCACAAAAUUUUCGAUUCGAGAAAGUCGUAUUAAAGAAAUAAAAACAGAAAUAGUAAAUUCCGAUAAAUUAAAGAGCUUUUUCGACGAGAAUCCACGUGACUUACAAGCAUUAAGACAUGAUCGGUCACUACAUACUAUCAAAGUUCAAGAACAUCUCGGUGACGUACCGGAGUAUAUUGUUCCAAAUUCCUUAAGACAUAUCACUGCAAUAACUAACAACAAACAAAAAUACGGUAAAAAGAAAAGCUAUGAUAAAGUUAACAAUCCUCUCCUGGUUUCUGGAAUAGAUUACGCAAAAAAAAGACGUGUAUGAUGUAUGGAGAUUGAUUAAAGAAAUUUAUGAUUAAA